AAAACCUCCGACUAGCUGGCCCCCUGCAAACUCAAUCUAUAUCUCCUUCCUUCGUCGAUUAGAUACCCGGUUUGAACAACUCCUCUUUUAAUUCUUUUUAUUUCAAUAAAGCUUAUAUAUUAUGUAGUUUUUUUAUUUUCUUCCAUUUUCUAGUUGUGUAGACCUGGUCUAUACUAUAUAUAUGAAUUGUUUUACAUUUGAUGAUCUGUAUUUAUUUAUUUAAUUCAUCCAUCAAUUCAUUGUUUAUAUGAUAUUAAUUGAUAUGGAAUGGGGAUAGCAUCAUAGCAAUUCUAAUUCAUUUAUAUUAUUUGGAUGUUUUUUUAUUUAAAUCAUAUGUUGAUUAAUAUCUUUAUUGUAAUUUCAUUAGUCGGUUUGAUUUAUCUAAUAGUUUUAACUAAAACAAGGGGUCCCUUAAAACUAAACAUUUCUUAGCUAGCUUACAUAAAUAUUUUUGAGACAAUAAUAAUUGUGCUAUGUUUGGAUUGCGAUUUUUUUUUUCCAUUUUCAGCAAAUAUCAACGAUGACCAUUCCAGCGACAAUUGAUGUACAUAUGGAUCCACUUUGUAAUUGUAAAGGAUGCAUAGACAAGGUGAAGAAGGCACUUGGUAAGCUUGAUGAUGUUAUAUUGUUAGCAAUGGAUCCCAAUAUAGGGAAAUUUACAAUCUUAACUACUAAACACCCUCAACUAAUAGAAUAUGCUCUUAAGCACUCAUUUCCUAAAAAGAAUAUCACUCUGUCACAAGAAACUAGCCAUGUCCCUCAUGUUGAUGAUAUUGCUACAACAUUGAUGACGAUGUCACACAUUCAAGGAUUAAAGAGCAUGGAGUACACGCAAUCGAAUACUUUCAAGUUUAACUUCACCAAUGGCCAUAACCAACCAACUCUCUCUGAUGUAUCACAUAAACUCCACAAUAUUCGAGGUUCUGAUGGCGUUCACCUUGAAUCAUAUGAUCCACUACCGCCACCACCACCACCACAAACUAAUGUCACGCCAUCUGCUCCGCCUAUUCCCACAAUUCCAGAUCUGGUUUAUGGGUACCCUUCAGAGUUUUAUGAUAACAACAUAAAUCAUCCAGAUGGUUGUUACACUGUUCUUUUAGCAAUCAUAAUAUGUUUUGUGAUUUUCCAUUUAGUUACAUUUGUAUACGAGUCUUUAGCCAUUUCAUUUUUAUGACAGUGUAUAUAUGUAUUUUUUUUGUUUGAAUAGGGAUUAACUUGUUAAACCCAGAAGGUUGUUUGACAUCCUUAUUAACUUUAUAUGUAAUCGGUUUCUUAA